UCAUGUCACUAAGUCCGAGCCGUGCCCUUCUUCUAGGGACUCAACACAGAGGGACUCUGCCUCGUAUGGUGGAAGGAUGCAGACAGCCUGAGGUAAACAUGUGGCAUUAGCCACAUUGCCUGCAGGCAGACCACAUGAUCAGCAGGCUGAAUCCACUGGUUCUUUGACUAACAGACUUUUGACGGGUUCCAUUCCGUGGCUAUCUUUACAUAAAAUUUAGUGCACUUCAAACGGCCUACCUCCCUAGAUGGUGCUAUACGAGCACGACUUUACUGUAGAACGCGGCACAGAUCACAGGCCUCCGACGCAGUGGAGCGAUGUAUAUGAUCUCAAGCCUGAGUUAGUACACUACUUACUAUGCUCACAGCCAUUCACACUGGUCGAAAACAAACCGUCAUCACUUAGUCAUCAUCCCGCCACUCAGGCCAUCCAAGAUCCCGCCUGUGCGCUGUUGCGGCUGUUGCCGCGAUGGAUGCCGGCAUAUCUGGCGUACAUGAUGAGGGCCUCGUUUGCUGGGCAAUACACAGAAUUCUGGCCUCAAGGGUGUCGCAAGGCUGCGGUAAGUACUACAGGAGACAAUCGGCUAUUUAGUACGAGUCGAUGGUAUUCUACGGUCUGGGGAUUGACGCAAACCCAUCCCCUGUCAUCUCGUCCCCUCAACAUGCCGAAGGAGCUCACGUCUAGAGCACAUACUUCCCCUUCGCCGCGACGGCACCCUUACUCACAACGUCUCCGGCUGCUGUACCACCGCAGGAUAGAGUUGCAGAGGUCCUGGUCACGGUAUCCGCUAUGGCUUGUAGAGCUAUUUGACGUACUGGGAUUUCCCGAAGACCACGUCGUUGGACCGCUUGAAUGACUUACCAUGAAAGGACGGCAUUCGCAAGCAAUGCGCGCGCGCGGCACCGCUCGCCAGCAUGCCGCCGUCGACUUGCAGUGGAUCAUACAGAGUCUCUGACAUGGCCUGAAUGUUCACAUUGUUGGUCUAUCUUGUGCAUUGCUAUGAAAUACAUGCAGCAUUGAUUGCCAUACCGGAGUCAAGGAGUCAAGAUCGCGUCUCUAUCCUGCCGCUUAUUUGAAAAUUCUCCGUCAGAGCGAUCUUUGCUACUAGAC